CGAAGGAGAGAGAGAGAGCGAAGGAGAGAGAGAGAGCGAGAGAGAGAAGGAGAGAGAGAGAGAGAGAGAGAAGGAGAGAGAGAGAGAGAGGUAGGUAGGUAAAGAAAGCAGAGUGGGAGACAUAUCGCUCCAGAGAUAGGAUGAAAGGAGAGUGAGAGGAAAAGAAAGGAGGAGGGAGCAAGAAAGAGGUAGAGUGAGUGGUAGUGAGAGAGUGGGAGAAAACAAGGUAAACGAGAAGGAAAAAAGGGAGAAAGCAAAAUAGUGUGUUUCUGUAGGAGGAUGACAGUGUUCACUUCCUGGUCGAUGGGAUGAAGUGAACACACAGUACGGAGAGACGAAUACGGGCUGAGAGGACAAAGAAACAUAAACACCAAAGGAAACAUUGCGCCUGUGUUUCCCACCACACCAGCGCUAGCCAUCCUCUACAGGGAAGAGUCAGACCCAGGAAAGCAGCACAGCACUCAGUAAUGGAGAUGGAAACAUUGACAAUACCGACCUGGGGUCAAGAGUAUAACACCCAUUCCCAGUACCUCUUCAACAGCUUACGUUAAAGCUGCCAGGACAUCUCUUCUGCCCUCACCUAUGCCCAGAGACCAUGGGAAGUGUCAGCAGCUUCAUCUCAGGUCCCAGUCUCCACAGCAAGCACCGUCAGGCCACGGAGUACAAACUAAAGAAGGCAGGCCAUCCCCGGAAAACGGGCCGGAGCCUGGAUGGCCUACUGAAGUACAGCUUUGCUCAGGGGUCUUCCAACCACACCACUAAAGACAUCUCUCAGGCAGGCAGAAGUGAGGACUUAUUUUACUUAAAGGUGAGCCAGAAGUCGCGGAUGACUCACCGCAGAGGCGUCCCAACAGAAGAUCGUGUAGGAGAGGGACUUUCUACUGAUAUGGAACCAGACGGUAGAGAGACACCUAAACUGAUGCCUAUGUCUGGGAAACUGGAGAAGAAUAUGGACAAGGCUUUGAUCCGGCCCACAGCCUUCAAGCCAGUCAUCCCCAGGAGCACCUCUUCCACAGAGACUCACAACAACCUCACCCACCUCCUUAGUCCUCCAGAGAGAACCAGAGACUCCCAGGAGCCCCAACAGGACACAUUUUCAGGGACCCUCUCAGACUCUGGGCAGGAUUCAAUGUCCAGCCUGCCAACUCACAGCACCAGUGGGAGCCACAGUGCUUCCACAGGCCCAUUGACUCAGUGUGCAGGAGGCACAGCCCAUGGCAUGACCCAUCCCCAGCAGCCCCCCCUCUCUACAUGGACCAACGGGAAUGGCAUAAGUGCCAGGGUCGCAGCUCUAAGCAAUGGAGGGGCAGCGAAGGCUAACAGGGACACCAUCUCCCUCCCCUCACCUCAGCAGCCCAGCCCUCUCUUGGAGGAGAUGGGGGGCUGUAAUCGCUCACCCAUCUCCACAGAUGAGUCCCUAAUUGAGCUGCUGGAGCAGAGGCUGCUGGAGAGUGAGACAGAGCUGCAGGAGCUACAGGUGAGCUUUGAGGAGAAAGAGGUGGACACGUGCCAGCUGUUUGAGGAGAAGCAGAGGUAUUGUGUUGAGGAGAUGGAGGGCCUGAAGCAGAGGUGCUCCACCAAGCUCAGGCAGGUCUCCCAGAGGGCCGUGAAGAACCACCAGGCCUUGCAGCUGAAGGUCAGCCAGCUGCAGCAGGACAACCAGAGGCUCCAGGAUGAGCUGGUCCAGAUGACCCAGGAGAAGGACCUGAUAGAGGUCAAACUGAUGUCGUUUGAGAUGGAGAAGAACCAACUAGACCCCACCUUAGAGGAGACACAGUGGGAGGUAUGCCAAAAGGCUGGGGAGAUCUCACUGCUGAAGCAGCAACUCAGGGACUCCCAGGCUUGUGUCACUCACAAGCUGAAUGACAUCGUCAGCCUCAAGGCCUCGCUGAAGGAGACCCGGUCCAAAAUGGAGGCACUGGAAAAGCAGAACAAAUUGCAAGAGGAAAAGAUACGCUCUCGCAGUGUGGAUGUGGAGGUAUGCCAAAAUGAGCUCCAGCGCAAGAAGAACGAGGCUGAUCUACUAAGAGCAAAGGUGGACAUACUGGAGACAGACAUCAAUGAAAUGAAAAAGGACCUGGCCCUGGCAAAAGAACAUAGGCAGCAGCAAAAGGCCAAACUGGAGACCCAGGAGAGGUCAGACCAGAGUGGGGGCACUGGAGGGAGCAUGAGCACUGACUCCCUCCAGAGAGAGGUGAAGAAACUGAAAGUGGAGCUCAGGGAAGAGAGAGAGACUCAGGAGAGGCUGUCGAACAGCUUUGAGCAUGAGAGACAGACGUGGAACAGGGAGAAGGACAGAGUCAUCAAGUACCAGAAGCAGCUUCAGCUCAACUAUCUGCAGAUGCACAAGAAGAACCAAGACCUGAAGAGGAUCCUGCAGGAGCUCACAGCAGAGUUGGAGAGUCGACCGGAGUUUGACGUGGACAUCCACAGCUCAGGGUUACACUAUGAGGAUAUUAUCGCCACAGAAAUGUGAGGGAGAAACCCACAGAGAAUAGUAAUAACGAUGCUCAAAUGUUCUAACAGGGUUAUUAAACAGUCAUAUGAAACACAUAAUUUGUUAUAUCUGGCCAAAACACAGAUUAGCUAUUGCUGCCUUGGCAGGGACAGCAUUUUCGUGAUAAUCAAGUUGGCUAACAUACUGCUGCAGGAUACGAUAGAAUUGCGGUCAGGUUUGGAUCUUUUUUAAUAAAAAUCCUUCAUUUUCUGUGACUGUGUAAAGCAGGCUAUAAAGGGCACAUCCAGAGUUCAAACAAUAACAAAUAACAAAACAGCUAAUGGGAUGGGGCUUGAGAACUAUAACUACACUCAAAUUCAUAGACAAAGCUAUGGAUGCAAUGACUGAUCAUCCAUGAGAUCAAAAUUAUAGAUUUAACUGUGUUUUGAAGCUAUACAGUGUUUGUUUACAUUGUCUUUGUAUACAAACAUUAUAGGUUAUACUGAGGUAAGAGAGUUGAACUAAGCUCUUUAAGCAUUUAUGAGUUAUAUUAUUUAAAAUUCAAUGGCUAUAUCAUCAAUUUAGUCCAAAAAUGGAUGUAGCAACUCCGGAUGGUCCUUUAAGCUUUUGUUAUCCAUAAGUGGAAACAGAUUUAAAAUAUUUUUCGAUGAACAUUCUCCAUUGAGCCUGCUUUUUAUUCCAGGACUAGGCUUAAUCUGUUACCAGGAAACCACCCCAUAAUGAAACCACCUUAUAAUGUUCAAUUGACAGUAGCCUAGAAAGCCUACGAAAUGAUUAUUCCUCUUGAGAAGUUUCCUAGCAUUGUAGUGAAUUGGGGCAUUCUUUCUGUAUGUGUCAAGUCCUACAUAAGAUGUUGUAAGCUCCACAACAACCACUGAGACACAGCAAUAUGAUGUGAUGUGUUUUUAUUGAACCUUUUUGAUCACGAUCACCACUGUGGCCAGAGAUAUUGCAGAGACAAUGAGGCAAGAGGCUGCCCUCGUCAGCACCAACACAGAUACUGGCAUCUGCACAUGUGUAUGGGAGUUCACAUAUCUCUCCUGUAACAUAAUACAGUAGCUGCAUGGCAACAAAUGCGGAGGCGUGCAGCCUCUCGCUUCACACAGUCUAUGUUUUUGUUGGAAGUCGCUUGCUCUUUGUGGUAACCAUAUACUGUAGCCUCUACCUUUAAGUGUCAAAGCACUGGAUGUACUGUAUAUUUUGUGAAUAAUCAUUCAUAUUAUUUAUUGAUAUAAAGGAUACAAAAGUGGUAGUGAUUAGUGUUGAAAGGAACCAUGCACUUCCAUUUUAAGAGGGGUUAGAACAUGAUUGUCAAAGUGCAUCUCACACUACAGUCGUGGCCAAAAGUUUUGAGAAUGACACAAAUAUUAAUUUUCACAAAGUUUGCUGCUUCAGUGUCUUUAGAUAUUUUUGUCAAAUGUUACUAUGGAAUACUGAAGUAUAAUUACAAACAUUUCAUAAGUGUCAAAGGCUUUUAUUGACAAUUGCAUGAAGUUGAUGCAACGAGUCAAUAUUUGUAGUGUUGACCCUUCUUUUUCAAGCCCUCUGCAAUCCGUCCUGGCAUGCUGUCAGUUAACUUCUGGGCCACAUCCUGAAGGAUGGCAGACCAUUCUUGCAUAAUAAAUGCUUGGAGUUUGUCAGAAUUUGUGGGGUUUUAUUUGUUCACACGCCUCUUCAGGAUUGACCACAAGUUCUCAAUGGGAUUAAGGUCUGGGGAGUUUCCUGGCCAUGGACCCAAAAUAUCAAUGUUUUGUUCCCCGAGCCACUUAGUUAUCACUUUUGCCUUAUGGCAAGGUGCUCCAUCAUGCUGGAAAAGGCAUUGUUCAUCACCAAACUGUUCCUGGAUGGCUGGGAGAAGUUGCUCUUGGAGGACGUGUUGGUACCAUUCUUUAUUCAUGGCUGUUUUCUUAGGCAAAAUUGUGAGUGAGCCCACUCCCUUGGCUGAGAAGCAACCCCACACAUGAAUGGUCUCGGGAUGCUUUACUGUUGGCAUGACACAGGACUGAUGGUAGCGCUCACAUUGUCUUCUCCGGACAAGAUUUUUUCUGGAUGCUCCAAACUAUCGGAAAGGGGAUUCAUCAGAGAAAAUGACUUUACCCCAGUCCUCAGCAGUCCAAUCCCUGUACCUUUUGCAGAAUAUCAGUCUGUCCCUGAUGUUUUUCCUGGAGAGGAGUGGCUUCUCAGCUGCCCUUCUUGACACCAGGCCAUCCUCCAAAAGUCUUCGCCUCACUGUGCGUGCAGAUGCACUCACACCUGCCUGCUGCCAUUCCUGAGCAAGCUCUGUACUGGUGGUGCCCCGAUCCCGCAGCUGAAUCAACUUCAGGAGACGGUCCUGGUGCUUGCUGGACUUUCUUGGGUGCCCUGAAGCCUUCUUCACAACAAUUGAACCGCUCUCGUUCAAGUUCUUGAUGAUCCGAUAAAUGGUUGAUUUAGGUGCAAUCUUACUGGCAGCAAUAUCCUUGCCUGUGAAGCCCUUUUUGUGCGAAGCGAUGAUGACGGCACGUGUUUCCUUGCAGGUAACCAUGGCUGACAGAGGAAGAACAAUGAUUCCAAGCACCACCCUCCUUUUGAAGCUUCCAGUCUGUUAUUCGAACUCAAUCAUCAUGACAGAAGUGAUCUCCAGCCGUGUCCUCGUCAACACUCACACCUGUGUUAAAGAGAGAAUCAAUGACAUGAUGUCAGCUGGUCCUUUUGUGGCAGGGCUGAAAUGUAGUGGAAAUGCUUUUUGGGGAUUCGGUUACUUUGCAUGGCAAAGAGGGACUUUGCAAUUAAUUGCAAUUCAUCUGAUCACUCUUCAUAACAUUCUGGAGUAUAUGCAAAUUGCCAUCAUACAAACUGAGGCAGCAGACUUUGUGAAAAUGUAUAUUUGUGUCAUUCUCAACUUUUGUCCACGACUGUACACUGAGAAUGUUUCACUGGUAAUGAUAUCUCAAAGUGGUAAAAACUUAGCUUUGGAGCUGAUCACUUGAAAACAAAUUCCGUCUGAGAAUAUCUAACAUGUACUGUAUCUAUUGGUAUAUUUAUGAUAUAUACACAGAGACAUGUUUUUCAAAUCUGACAAUAAAUGUAGAUGUAUAGAUAGAUAUAUGUAUAUAAAUAGAUGUACACUACAAAAUCAACAGUGUGGCUUUUCAUAACAUCUCUAUCACUGUAAAAUGAUUUGGCUACUUGAUAUAUUAAACAUUUUC